UCAAUAGCAACGCCCGCCAUGACAGUGGGCCGAAUUGAUUUUUGCUGCGACUUGCCUCGCCGCGACAAUCCGACGGCGACAGCGGAACGGUCAACACCGAAGUCACCAUGGCGACCAGGCGCGUGUCGCCCGGAGGCGCGCUCCUCCGGACCUCGCGCAUGUUCUCGCUGCCGGCUCCAAUUCCUCCGCCGCCCAGCGACGGCUCGACGGGGACGAAUUUCCACUCGGACACGGCCACGCUCCGCUUCCCAACCCACCAGGUCAUCACCACGCUGCCGGCCGCGCGAAAACAGGGUGACUGGGGUCUCAAGAGGCCGCUGCCCCUCAAGUCCACCACAAAGUCGUCGACCCCGAUGCUGCGCGUCAAGGCCAUCGACACGGUCGAGCAGAUCACCGACUACACCUCGGGUGCCGAUCAUGGCAUCACGCUCAAGAAAUUCCAAGAGCUGAACAUGCCCCUCAGCGUGCGUCGAGCGAACGAAGACAGCCAAAGCCUGAGCUUGCCGCAAAAGUCUGUAUUCGACGACGAAAUCGACGUCACCGACAUCCCCCCGGACAAGCGGGCCGAGACCGUUGACACGCGUUGGAAGUUCACGGGGCCCUGGCUGGCCGGCUUGACGCAGGGCGACUUCAAUAGGUGGUUGGCCAGGGAGGUCAGGCCAAAACGGCCGGCCUUCCGUGAGUUCCUCAGGAAGCAGAUCGCCCGCGAGACGCACGCCGCUCAAGCCACCGCGGCGCUGGACAAGGGGGAGACGCCGCCGCCCCCCAUCGACCCAAGCUCGGUGACAGACGACCAGCUCCUCGACUACCUGCGGAAGCUGCGCUAUAACAACCAAGCGCUCUACGACAUGGUCGGCCAGUUCCUGGACCUGGCGCCUUUGAAGCCGCCCUCGGCCUCGGAAAUGGGGCUUCCGACGCACAACAGCGCCAGGCUCGAGUUCCGCGAGACGAAGAGCCCGUACGCCGAGCACGGCCCGCCCAUCACACACCCCUCCGGCGGCCUCUCGUACCUGCGCACGUCCAUGUACCUGGACAACCACCCGAUCUACGGGCCCCAGCAGCAGCACCCGUCCGUGGUGGCGAGGAUCGUCCGGCCGCGGCGGCAGCUCACGGGCCGGCCGGCGAAGCUCGGCGUGGCCGGCUUCAUCGUCAACACGCCGCUGGGCAACACGGUCACCAACACCAAGAACAACCUGGACAACAAGAUCUUCGACAGGCUCGACCCCGCCAUCGAGGGCGGCGCCAAGAUCUGGGUGCAGCCGACCAUGGCCAAGAUGGACUCGUCCGGGAGCGUGAUUCUGCACGUCUACGACGCGUCGCCCGAGGCCACGCUGGUCGCGCAGGAGCUGCUGGGCAACGCCACCUGCCUGGGCACGCAGCGCGGCGUCGAGCAGCGCAACAAGCCCGAGACGGCCAAGUCGCUCAGGCAGCGGUACAGGGCGGCCGAUGUCCCCGAUGCUCCUCUGGCCAUGUCGAGUGCGCGGGACUACGGGUUGGGCGAGUAGUUGCCACUAGUCAGGUUGUAUGGGGGAAUCAUGGUUAUUGGGUGCAGGCGAGAGGAGACCCUCGCAGCUUAAGGACGGAAAUAAGCAUUCGU